GUCCUUUUUUUCGUCACUUGUUGCGAAAAUAACUAUUUCAUGCUUCGUCAGUGAUGUAUGAAGGGUGUUUUUGUCACUUGUGAUAGGGAGUAACUAUGGCUCAUUGAAUUCUUUCACACAAUUGAUCGUUUCUGCGUUUAUAGACAUUAGCACUUUCCAUAAAAAGUACUAUCCUCGAGACUACCCUGCCCAAAAUCGUAAAUUGGGAAUGAUUCCAUGGGAAGUGGUGGAUGGUCUAAGAAAUUUAGAUGCAUUUGGAACGGAUGUUCCGCGCGACCGCGGUGGUCAAGAUUACUUGGUCACCGAAAAUUGUUUGAGAAAUGAAUCGGAAGCGGUCGACGUAAAUGUGGUUCGCACGUUAAAUGCUCAUCGGUUGGUUACCCAAACUUUGACUGAAUGCGGUACAGAAGCGCAGAAAGCCAAAUUUCUACCUCUACUAGCUAAAGGUGACAUAUUUGGAACGGUCGCAAUCAUUGAGACGGAUUUGCCCGCAAAUGGAUUCUUAAACACUACCGCAGUAACAUCACUCAGAGGUGGUGAAUGGACUUUGAACGGCAAAAAAUCGUUUGUGAUCAACGGAAAGAGUGCAGACCUGUUUCUGGUGCUGGCUGGUACAAAAAUCUUAGAUAAAGUUGGCGACAAGGUUGAUUCGAUUACAGCAUUUUUGAUCGAAAAUGACAUGACAGUCCGAGGACCCAAAUUUAAAAUUUUUUUCAACUACAUUCUAUUCGGACUUUGA